AUGCACAGCAAAGAGCUUACAGAAGUAUUUUAACCUCUUCCAAAGUUGUAAAGUGUAAGUUAAUUUUCGUAAAUUACGUCCCAAUUUGGUUUAUUCUUUGUAUUCGACUUCUACUAAUCUAUCUAAUUAAUUUAAACUAUUAAUUAGCUUAAAUUGUUAAUUUCUAUCGGAAUAAAAUCAUAAAGUUUUAAUAUUGAUAUAUACAACCCCUCGAUAUAUGAAUCCCUUAAACAAUCAGUUAUGUAUUUUUAACGAAAAGUUAUUAACAUUUUACGUAUUUUAUUAAAGACUUUUGCAUAAUUUCCUCGUUUUCUGUUUCAAAGCUUAAAAAAUUAAAUUACAAACAAUUUGUUAAAUCAAUUGCCUUACUUAAUAGACGAUGAAAACCUUUUUUUAUCUUCUGUUUUCAGUUAAAUAGCGUAGCUUCGUGCAAAAUGCGUUCACGCCAAUUUUAGCUCAAGUAACGACUAGAGCGCCAACGGCGAAACGCGUAAUACACUUCCUACGAUUCUCAAACGUGAUCGAUAUUUCUCGCAAUCGAUCUACACUAUUGUACAGGCGUCAGUUUUAGGCGGGAAGCACGCCAAGAAGUGUACAGAAGUAUUUUAACCUCUUCGAAAGCUCGGAAAUGUAAGUUAAUUUUCAUAAAUUACGCUUCAAUUAUUUUAUUCUUUGUAUAUUGCUUAAAUUAUUUGAUCAGCCCAAGCAUUUCUAUUGAAAUAAAAUCUUAAAGUUUUAACAUUGAUAUAUAACGUUUCCACCUGGUUCUUUGCUAUUACUAAAGUCUCAACUUAUAUAUUUCUCACUUUUAUUCAAUAAUCGAUUAUGUAUUUUUAACAACAAAUUAUAAUAUUUUAGGUAUUUAAUUAAAGACUUUUGCACAACUUCCUCCUCUCCUGUUUCCUGGUGACUGUGUGGUGCUUUGAGGUUAAGCAUGUAAGAAUCCUUACAUAUUGUAUUCCAAUUAAUUUUAUUCCUUGUACGUUGCUUCAAUUGUUAUUAAUUAAGAAUGGAAUCUGAUUGUUGAAAGUUUAAACCUUUCUACUCCUCGAUGGAACAUUAUUGUUAAAAUAUUAUGUUAAAAUAUUUAAUAGCAGGCAGUCUUUUCGUUAUUUUAAACUUUCCAAAUAAUUAGCACCGUCUUUAAGAACAAAUUAUAAUAUUUUGUACUUCAUUUGCAGAUUUUGCCCGACCUUCAUUUCUUCUAUGGGAUUCACAAUGAUUUUCGAGCCACAACGUUCUUGGCACCUAAUCGUGAGUCGCAUGCAUUUUCGUUCCUCUGGUCAUUCAAACAUGUCGAUUUUCAGAUUUAAUCCUUACCAUGUUCAUUUCCUGGACUCACUCACGUGCCCAGGUGCUACUUGAGUGGGAGAAAGGCAAUGGGCAUGAUGACCAUAGUUUAUAA